GGAUAAAAACUUGAAGCUUUUAAGAAAUCACCAUGCAUAGCACUCUAACUCAUCCAAAAUUACGCAUUUAGCACUACCCAUUGUUUUUAACAAACUUAGCUAUUUAUGGUGUCAAUCCUUUCCUAUCAUACCCCUUACCCCUUUUUAUUUUUUUUCAUUAAAAUUAGGUUAUUAAACUCCACCUACAAAUCUACGAUCUCUCCUUCUUGCCCAUUACGUGCGAUUUUGCGUCCUCCCUCCUUCGCCCGCGGUUCCUUCGUCGAUUUGCAGCUGCAAUCACCAAUCACCACAUCUCUCUAAGCAAUGGAUAAAUCAGGCGCUACCAAGAAACCAUACCCUCCUAAUGACUUACCAUCCAUGUUCAUCAAGAGAACAGUUCUUGGCUUCACACCAAAGGAUCUCCUAAAAGAUUCAAAAGCUUCAAUAGAUCUUUAAAAGCACAGGGCUUAAGACUUGAAGGAAAAGGAGCACUGGACUACAAAUGCGACACUACAAAGUGUGCCCCUCUAUUGCUCACUUUUAUCUUAAUGUGUUAUUAUUGAGUCCUUGAUAGGCAGAAUUUAUGUGUUUGAAUCAAAAAAUUAAAUUCUAAAAAAUCAGUCUUAUUCCUUUCAGGGUAAAUUUUAGAGCUCCAAGCAAUCGGACUCCUUAUGAGAUUUCCGGCAAUGAAGGAGUUGAAUCGCCGAUUCACCUAUUAUCUCCUGUCCCAACCGAUUCAUCUCUUCGCGCUGGUAGAUUCUGCGUUCGAUUAUAGUCGAGCAGAUGGUGAAUCGACUCCUCCGCCAAGCUCAGAACCAGACUCGAUUGAAUCCGCCAAAACAGAUGGAACGACAAGUUUCUCUUCCAGAUCUCAUCCGUUUACGUCUGCAGUGAAACAUCUGGAAUCUCCCAUCACUAACUCUUCACACUUUCAAUCUCUCUCACUUGAAGCCGCUAAUCUGCAUGUGAGCCGAAGAAGAGUUAUAUGUGGUUAUCAACCAUGGGUAAAGAGAAGAAGCAUAUAAACAUUGUGAUUAUUGGCCAUGUCGACUCUGGGAAGUCUACUACUACAGGACACUUAAUCUACAAACUUGGAGGAAUCGUCAAGCGUGUAAUUGAGGGGCUCGAGAAGGAAGCUGCUGAGAUGAACAAGAGGUCGUUCAAGUAUGACUGGGUUCUUGACAAGCAUGAGCGGGAGCGUGGUGUCACCAUUGAUAUUGCAUUGUGGAAGUUUGAGACCACAAAGUAUUACUGCACAGUUAUUGAUGCUCCCGGACAUCGUGACUUUAUUCAGAACAUGAUCACUGGAACCUCACACGUUGAUUCUGCUGUUCUCAUAAUGGACUCCAUCACCGGAGGUGUCAAACACAAGAUGCUGUAAACUUCAUAAAAAAGCUUGUUGUUUAUG